AUGUUGGGGACGAUUAUAAAGUCUAUACAAUGGUCCACACUGAAGAAGUGCACUCUACAUAAUGAUAAUUAUGGAUUCAAGCCGCAGCUGACUCAGCCCAUACCAUUUGGUGUUAAGGAGUUGUUCAUUGGCAAUUGUAGCUUUGUAUCGGCCACACCUGGAUGUCUGCCUUCAUCAAUCACUAGACUCACACUGUUGGAUGCAAAGGGACUCAAGCAAGGCGACAUUCCUACAUCUGUAAAAUGGUUGGAGAUGAGAUAUGCUUCAACACUAGCCAAUGAUCUACAAGUGUUGCCAAGCUCUAUUCGUAAUCUACAAUUGAGAAACACAAAGAUACAACCAGACGUACACAUCACGAUGUUCCCAAAGUCAAUCAUAUCAAUGAAGAUUGUACUUAGCAGAGUAACACUCAAACUAAUUCGAUUGAAUGAUGAUCUAUACUUUAGAAAUGGGCCAUCAAUCAAUGAGUAUGGCUUCAUCUCCAGCUCUUCAGCUCAAUCAAUCUUAAUCGCAGCACAA